AUGUGGGGGCAUCACGUUGCUUGCGGUUGCAACGUUUGCAACUGCCUCCCUCGCCUCUUCCUGCUGAUCUCCCAGGGGAGCGGCUUGCCGUUGUUCCUCGAGGGAGUCGGCACAAGGCUGAGAGUGCUCGAGGCAGAGGUCCUGGACGAGCUCUUCAGAAGGGGCUUCGUGGAAGGGAGGCUGCGAACUCCCAACCUGGCACCUGGACCACCGCCCACUAAGGCUGCUGCUGUGCCUCCGGUGGAACCUACACCGCCUGCCAAUGCACCACCGCCUGCUGCUGCACCGCCAAGGCAGAGCCAAGAAGGGGCCUCCCAAAACGAACCUGCUGCUGAGCCCAUAAGGGAGGAAAAGGCUGAAGCCUCCCAAGCUGCUGCUAGCCUCCAGGUAGAACGCUCGAAAGAGGAGGUCGACCUCGCGAUUUACCCGAAGAGCUCUCCAAGCGCGCCCAGCCAUUUGGCUACCCCUGUGACCCCGGUGAAGGCUGAAGAGGAACCCCCGGAGGCUGAGCCAGGAACAGGAGUAGAGGAAGUAGCCAAAGCAGCAGGUGAGGAGCCCAAGAGCAAGGAGAAGAGGAGAGAAGCCACUCCGGAAGAGCCAGGAGCUCAGGUCGGAGAAGAGACAGGUCCAGAGGUCGUCAAAGAAGGGAGAGAACUAGAACUCCCAGAUCGGAAGGAGGUCCAGGGUGGGUGGGGCCAGUCCCAUACUCAGAUCACGCAAGGUGGUCCACAGGAAAGUCAAGAGGAGUGGUUCGCCGACCAAACGAGGAGCUCUACAACAGAAGAAGGAGAAGCGAAGGAAGUAAGAGAAAAGCUUUGCAACACAUUGACCAUGGCUGAUAUCCCCCGCUUGGGGACUCUGUGGCUCAAGGAAGCGAUCUACUAUGGCCGCCCUGUGGAUCUGGUAGGCAGGUUCACCAAUGUUAAGCUCGAGGAUGGGCAGCCUAUGGGUGAUUUCCAAGUCACAGGUACCAAGGAUGAGGCACUGUUGAGGGCGUUGUCAGGAAAGCCAGACCGCCUACUAUCGGUGCACCUGUGUCCAGACGAGUGCCCUGCGACCCUGACUGAUGAGUUUCUGGUGCAUGGCAAGGCCUACAUAGAGGUGGAAGCCCGUGGUCUCCCCUGGUACAACAACCUGGUGGAGGUCGAGGCUGAAAGGCCACCAAUGGAUGAGCUGGUCAAGCUGAGAGAAGAGGAGAGGAGACAGGCGGAGCUAGCCGGAAGAGGGGAGGAAAGGCCUCCCAAACCCGCGAAGAAGGAGAAGAAAGCCGAAAAGAAAGACAAGAAGGCUAAGGAGCCAGAGGCUGUGGACAAGAGGAGAAGGUCAGACAGUGACGAGGAGUUGGAGAUUGGCCAAAAGGCACCUCGUCUCCUCUUUGCCAAGACGGGCUUGGAUCCAGAGGCGAAACCGAGAAGGCAGUUCUUGAAGAAGGCCAGGAAGGUAGGGCGUUCAAAAAAGGCCAAGAAGAAGCGAAGUCGAUCAUCGCACUCAUCCAGCAGCCCGGGUUCUUCAAGCAGCUCUAGUGCAGACUUCAUGGACAACGUGGGCUUGUUCGACAGUGAGAAAAAGCUCAAGUCCAUCUGGAAGCGUUUCCCGGGGGCUCUGGCAUGUAGCGCUGCCACAGAAGCCAAGCAGCAGCUACUUACCGCAUCGGGGACGGUUUGCGGCCUCGAUCGGCGCCGAGUCGAUCCAGUGUUUACGCCCUAUGCGAGACAGUGCUUGAUGAGCCAUAUGUCCCCGCCCAUGGCUCAAGAAACUUUGACCAUCGCACAGGGGUUGGACUUACUUCUCCAAGGACAUGUAGCAGGUGCUUGCGACUUGCUGGCCCAACGCAUGAAGAGCCUCGAAUCUUCAUCUCGUGGUUGCCAUUGGACAGUUUCCAGACAGAUGGAGCUCGUCAAGAGCGAUGGUGCCACUAUGGCCGAAGAAGGCGAAGCCCAUGAUGCUGCGAGAAGAGCAAGGGAAGAAGAAAAGUUGCGGGCUCUUACAUCGAGGUCUACGAGUGCAAAGCCUUUCGAAUCUGGAGGGCAGGCCAAAGGGGGGAAACGAGGGAAGGAUUGGAAGGGUGCCAGCAAAGGGAAGCAGGAUGAAGGGAACAAAGGAAAAGGUAUGGCCAGUGCAGGUGAGGCGAUCUUUGAGGCUGGGCAGACGGCGACAGGAGACGACACGAGGCUGGCAGAGGCAGAAGCAGCAAGGAUGUUGGCAGGCAGCAGAACAGAAGAGACAGAAGCAGCUAUUGAGGAUUUGAUUGCCUCGGCGAUGAACGGGGCACUACAAUCGGAGGGGAGUAAGUUAACCCUGCUAGGCAACACUUGGCGUGUCCCGGUGGUGGCUUGGCUGAUCUCCAACUUGCUGGUGGUGCUGGGUUUCAUGACCAAGCUGUGCCCCCAGGACAUUGUGGACAGGUUGCGACCAGGACUAGUUCAGAAACUUUCAAGCUUGGUCUCUUUGAAAGGUGAAGACCUCCUACUUCAGGCUCCCACCGAGGACGACGAGGACGACGAGGACGACGAGGAGGACGAGGAGGAGGAGGAGAGGAGGACGAGGCAGGAGGAGGCGGAGGAGGAGGAGGAGAAGGAGGAGGAGGAGAAGGAGGAGAAGGAGGAGGACGAGGAGCCGAAGUACUAUCCGAGUGGCUGGGAGCCGCCUUUCAUGUGCAUCUACCCUCGCCAACGCCUCAGGGAUGACAUUCCCGUGGACGUCGGCCAUAUGGCACCUGUGACUCCGCCGGCUUUAUUGGGCAUCUGGCGAGGUGAUGUUUUGGCGUGGCCGUUACCGGCAACACCAAUGUCACCUAGGACGCCCGAAGCGCCACCUCCAACCACGCCCACUGAGGCCAUGGCUCCGGCGGAUGGAGCCUUGGUGACGCUGAAGGGCAUGGGAUUCGAUGACUUGAUCGCCACAGCCAGCCUGCAAGCUGCAGGUGGAAACCUUGAGAAGGCCAUAGUGAUGCUCACAAGCAGCUAGGCACCAAAAGGUGCUAGCUGGGGGUGGUUCUGAUUGAACCCAGAGGCGCAGCCUAGGUCAUGCAUUGGAAUGCUU